GAUCCGGGCGGGGCGCCUCCACCAUCAUCAUCAUACGCUGCUAAUGGUUACAGGCUGCUGGAUUACUGCGUCUCUUGUCUUGCACCGUUAAGAAAAAAACAGCAAUCGUGUUAUAAAUAACCCUACUGAUAUUUACUAAUCAUUCAGCCAACGUCUAAAAAUGUUUUAUACCUGCGGUCCCAAUGAGGCAAUGGUGGUGUCAGGUUUCUGCCGUUCUCCACCAGUCAUGAUCUCUGGUGGGAGAGUGUUUGUUUUUCCAUGCGUCCAGCAGAUUCAAAGGAUCUCUCUGAAUACUCUGACGCUGAAUGUAAAAAGCGACAAAGUGUACACACGUCAUGGAGUGCCCAUCUCCGUCACUGGAAUCGCACAGAUGAAGAUUCAAGGACAGAAUAAGCAGAUGUUGGCUGCAGCGUGUCAGAUGUUUUUGGGCAAGUCAGACAGUGAAAUUGCCCACAUCGCCUUGGAAACGCUGGAGGGCCACCAGAGAGCCAUCAUUGCUCACCUCACUGUGGAGGAGAUCUACAAAGACCGCAAGAAGUUCUCCGAGCAGGUGUUCAAGGUGGCUUCAUCUGACCUGGUGAACAUGGGCAUCAGUGUGGUCAGCUACACACUCAAAGACGUUCACGAUGACCAGGAUUACCUGCACUCUUUGGGAAAGGCCCGUACUGCACAAGUGCAGAAGGAUGCUCGUAUCGGUGAAGCUAAGAACAAAAGAGAUGCAGUAAUCAGGGAGGCUCAUGCUAUGCAGGAGAAGGUGUCUGCUCAGUACAUGAAUGAGAUCGAGAUGGCUAAAGCGCAGAGAGACUACGAGCUGAAGAAGGCCAUCUACGACAUUGAGGUCUUCACCAAAAAAGCGGAAUCUGAAAUGGCCUAUCAGCUCCAGGUGGCGAAGACAAAGCAGCGGAUCGAGGAGGAGAAGAUGCAGGUGCUGGUGGUGGAGCGAUCGCAACAAAUCACGCUGCAGGAGCAGGAGAUCUCACGCAAAGAGAAGGAGCUGGAGGCCAAAGUCAAGAAGCCCGCCGAGGCCGAGCGAUACCGCCUGGAGAAACUGGCUGAAGCCGAGCGCCUUCAGCUCAUCAUGGAGGCAGAAGCAGAGGCUGAAUCCAUCAGAGUGAGAGGAGAGGCAGAAGCGUACGCUGUGGAGGCUAAAGGUCGUGCUGAAGCAGAGCAGAUGGCAAAGAAAGCUGAAGCCUUCCAGCACUACAAAGAAGGUGCAAUGGUGGACAUGCUGCUGGAGAAACUUCCAAUGAUGGCUGAUGAGAUCAGUAAGCCUCUGUCAGCUACAAAUAAGGUGACUAUGGUCUCCAGCGGAGGUUCAGAGAUUGGUGCUGCUAAACUGACAGGCGAAGUCCUCGACAUCAUGACCAAACUGCCUGAAACCAUCGAGAAACUGACCGGCGUUAACAUCUCCCAGGUGGCCCGAACCGGCUGAAGCAGUUCUCCGACAUGAAUACUGUAUGCAUGCUUCAGAAAUCUUUUACAUUUUUCUCUGACUUCUCACAUUUUCCUUCAUGUUCGUUUUCUCCAACUUCCUCCUCUUUCAAUAAGUCCAUUUCUACCUUCAUCAUUCCUAUCUUCCACUAUAUCUCUAUUGUUUCCCAUGUUUCUCUCUCUCUCCACUUCCUGUCUGUCUUUGCCUUGCUGCCAAAACCCAAAGUGCAUUGAAAUCAAAACCUCCAGGGAAGAAAGCUGUUCUUUAUAUUUUGUAAUGCAAUCAUAAUAAGACAGUGAAGUCCAAGUAUCCACUGAAAGCCAUUAGUCGACGCAGCUUUUAUCACAUUCACCAGUCGUUUUUCCCUAUAGAGUGCUUUUACAUGUGGCCAGUGCAUUCAGAGCUGUUAUCAUAGCUGAGCUUUCCAUGGGAAAAGCCAAAGCAACUUGAAGGGAAACACGUUUCUGUUUCUGUGAGUGUAAUACUUUCACUUUACCUCAGCGGUGUGUGUUUUAGCUAUAUUUGUUAGACACGACUACAUUAUUAUAGGUUCAAAUAGUACUCUGAAGAUACUGCCAGUGUUUGAAGUGUUUAUUCAUAUUAUAUCGAACAAUCGAGUGUCUUUAUAUGUCUAGAAGAACUGUAGGUCGGUAAUUAUUCUAUUUAUUUGACAGAUCUGUCAUUUUAAUGCUCUGUGCUGUCGUUUGAAGUGUUUUCACGCUUGACUGAAGAGUCUGAAUAUAGAAAUCUGUACUGUUUCGUCCUAAAGAAGGCCAUGUUGAUGAUAUUGUGGCCAUGUAGCAAAUUUUUUAGGACUAGAUUUACCAGGGAAACAUGUUUGUUCUAUUUAUCUGUGUUCAUCGGAGGAUUUAGAUAAAGACUAUUUAAAGGGAUAGUUCACCCAACAGUUCAAAUUUGCUCAUUAUUUACGAGUGGUUAUAUAGAGCAGUGUUUCUCAACCACGUUCCUGGAUGACCACCAGAUCUGCACAUUUCCCCAUGUGUCCUUAACCAAACACACCUGAUUCAGAUCUUCAGCUCAUUAGUAGAGAUUGAAAGACCUGUAAUGGGUGUGACAGACAAAGGAGACAUCAAAGCAUGCAGUGCUGGUGGUCCUCCAGGAACGUGGUUGAGAAACACUGAUAUGAAGGGCUUUGAGUUUAACAACAGCGCAUUCCUAAAUAAAAUGUUUUAUUAUUAUUAUUAUUAUUAUAAACAUGAUGACGUAUUUUGAUAAAAGCGGAAAACCGGUAACCAUUGACUUCAAUUGUAGGAAAAAUAAAUACUAUAGAAGUCAAUGGUUACAGGUUUUUAACAUUCUUCAAAGUAUCUUUUUUUGUGUUUAACAGAUGAAAGAAGGUUUAUAACAAGUAAAGAGUUAAAAAAUAAUGACAAUUUUGAAUUUUUGUGUGAACUACCCAUGUAAAAUGGCUUGAAUAUUACAUAAAAAGAGAUAUUACGUUCAAUACUUUUUAUUAAAUAUGAUUCUAGUUGAUGAUUUGUUUUUAAUUAUACAGUAUUCAAUAUUGGUUAUACUAUGUAAAUCUUUGAUUACAUCAUGAUUGUUGUGAAUGUUGUUUUUUAAGUGUUUAAAUGUCAGUACAAUAUAUUGUUUUUUUAAUGCACAUUUCAUAAAACACGUCAUAAUAUGUUCAUUACAUUUAAUAUUUACUAACAUUAUUACGAUGUAUACACAGUUACGGUGUUUACUAGAUGUUGUUACGUAACGCAAACUGAACUAACCCCACAUUUACGACACACAUUUUUACACUCUUCAUGAUUAAUGGAUUAUUAUGGCUGAUAUUUCUGAUGCAUCUUAUGAACGCUAAAUAUGAAGGCCUGUUUAUUUACUAUUUGUGGUAAGAUGUUUGUUAAAGGGAUAGUUCACUUCAUUCCCCUUUUACUCAAAUUCUUCCAAAGGUGCUUUUUUCCAUUUGACUUAAAAGAAGAUAUUUUGAAAAAUGUUGGAAAUCUGUAACCUUUAUUACUAUUGAAGUUAAUGGUCACAGACUUCUAACAUUCUUCAAAUUAUCUUCUUUUGUGUUCAACAGAAGAAAGAACUCCAUAAAGGGAUAACAGAUGUUUCAUUUUUGUGUGAACUAUCCCUUUAAGCAUAUACCGUAAUGUUUGGAUAGAUUAUUAGUAUUCUAGCUUGGGCAUUAGACACUAUGUAGGAUAAGGUUGCGGGUAAGAAAACCUAUAUUUGUCAAUAGAUGCUUUUUUCUAUUUUAUACAGUAUCUAUAUACUAAUAUCAAUCACUCAUGUGAAAUGUUGCAGUUUCAACAUGCAUGCAAAGACUAACAAACCAAAACUGCUUUACUGUCUAUUUGUGCUUCUAUAAAUGCCUUAAAGUAAACUCUCUCUCUACUAAAAUAAACAUUUAACUAAAGUCA